UUGUCAGUUAAUCAGGUUUACCUUUAUUUUUACCAUUUUGGCGCGGAUUACUACGGUCAACAUUGUUACAUACUCACACCGUCCCGCCAAAAUCAUUUUGUGUUUUCAUUUUGUUUAUUUACAGGCCUAGAGUUGCCCUUUGUCAAUCUCAAUAGUCAGUCGCCAGUUCGCCAAUUCGCCUUUUUCAUCCCUGUUCACUUUCAGUGCACUGAUUCUGUCUACUUCUAGUAUUUCAGUAUCUAAGUUUCGUAUUUUGAUUCUGUCGUGACGAAGAACGAUGAUGAUCAACCGUGUUUCGUGAAAAAGGAUAGUACCUCCACUGUUGAAGUGACGUCAACGAAUAACUGAAGAUUAAUUUUUGGAUAGUACUGAUUGCAAUAGCCAAGUUUCCGCAGUCAUGUAUGUGCAAGUGAGAAUGAUGGACACUGGUGUGUCGGUCACAAUACCCACAUCCAGGACAACAGUGCUUAAAGAGUUCAAAAAACUUGUAGAAAAAAAAUUUAAUAUCAAGCCAGAAAUUCAAAGAUUGUUUUUUGCCGGCAAGCAACUGGAAGACCAAUAUAGGUUAUUUGAUUAUAGUAUAAAUGUAAAUGAUGUCAUUCAAUUAAUGGUUAGAGUAGCUGAUGCAGAAAUAAACUCUCCAAAAGAAUCAAAAGUUACAAUAAGUUCAAAAAAAGAUGAGCUUACUCCGAGUUGUUCUUCUACCACCAGUUCAAUAGAUGAUUCUGAGGAAAGCAAAUAUUUUAAAGUUGGUGACUAUGUUGAUGUAAAAGAUUAUACUUACGGGUCAUGGUUUAUUAGUAAAUUGAUCAAGAUUAAAAAAGACAGCUGUGUAGUAAAUAAACCGAAUGAUCCUAAAAGUCCAGUAGAAAACGAUGGGCUAAUUUAUGUUGCAGAGAUCUUAGGAAGUCCCGAAGAACCUCCCAUUGAAGUUCAAUUGCAAGAAAUACGGCCUCAUGCUUUAGAUAUUUUGUCUUUUGAAAAUGUAAAACCAAAUGAUAGAGUUCUCAUGAAUUAUAAUGUCGAUUAUCCUCAAGAACGCGGUUAUUGGUAUGAUGUUCUGGUAAAACAAAUAAAAACUAAUAGAAGAGGCUGUAAUGUUAUUGGAGAUGUAACUGUUGGAUUAGAUAAUGCCGUGUUAAAGAAUUGUAAUUUAAUUUUUCUUGAUGACAUCUAUAGAAUAAAACCCUAUCAGUUGCUUUCGGAGCGUACACCAGAAGACGAUAAAAUUAUGCAAACUGAACCUGUUGUCAUGAGAGCGGCUGCCUUAUAUUGUAUCAAGUGCAAAGACAAUGUGAACAAAUCAUGUAAGGAAUGUGGGUGUCGGGUUUGUGGUGGCAAAGAUGACGAAGAUAAACAGUUAAUGUGUGAUGAAUGUAAUCAUCCUUACCAUAUGGAAUGUCUUACGCCACCUUUAAAAGAAACGCCACGUGAUGAUUGGUAUUGUCCGUCAUGUAAAAAUGAUGAAAAUGAAAUUGUCAAAGCUGGUGAAAAAUUAAAAGCUUCAAAGAAAAAAACACCAGAAUCUAUGUCAACAUCAAAAAGAGACUGGGGUAAGGGUAUGGCAUGUGUUGGAAGAACAAAAAAGUGUAAUAUUGUGCCAUCAAACCAUUUUGGCCCUAUUCCUGGCGUUGAGGUUGGGACUGCAUGGUUAUUCCGUGUACAAGUAUCCGAAGCUGGCAUUCACCGUCCUCCUGUUGGAGGAAUACAUGGUAGAGAUAAUCAGGGUGCGUUUAGCAUUGUGUUAAGUGGUGGUUAUGAAGAUGAUGUUGACAAUGGUGAUGUGUUCUUGUAUACUGGUUCUGGUGGACGUGAUUUGUCAGGAAAUAAACGUACUGCUCUGCAGAGUUGUGACCAAGAAUUGACACGUUAUAAUAGAGCUUUGGCACUUAAUUGCAAUGCAAAAAUAGAUAGUGAAAAAGGAGCUACAGCUGUAGAUUGGAAAAAAGGCAAACCAGUUAGAGUCGUACGAAAUUAUAAACUUCGUAAACAUUCAAAAUUUGCACCAGAGAUGGGAAAUCGGUAUGAUGGUAUUUAUAAAGUAAUAAAAUAUUAUCCUGAAACUGGAAUAUCAGGAUUCACUGUAUGGCGUUUUGUUCUAAAACGUGAUGAUCCCACGCCAGCUCCUUGGACAGCACAAGGCAAAAAGCGUAUAAAACAAUUAGGUCUUAAAGUAAUUUAUCCUGAAAACUAUAUAGAAACUGUUGCUAACCAUGACACAAAAUCAAAAUUACCCGAGUCUAAAAGAAAAAGGACACUGCAGGAUGCUGAUAUUGAGGACAAUGAGCAGUGUAAGAAUAAUGAUCAGAUGAAUAGUUCUUUGAAAAAUGAAGUUAGUAAUUGCUCAGAAAAAAAAUCAAAAAUUCGGUAUAAACUUGAAAAAGAAGCAGAAACACUCAUCAAAGCUGACAUUGCCAACCAAAAAUACUGGGAAGAUUGUAAAGAAUUUUUAGAAAAAGGCAAAAAGGCAUUUUUGGAUAGAGUUGAAGAAAUGUUUUUAUGUAUAUGUUGUCGAGAAAUUGUUUUUGAACCAAUUACCACUGAAUGUUCUCAUAAUAUUUGUAAAGGAUGUCUUAGAAGAUCAUUCAACGCUGAUGUGUUCCAAUGUCCAUCUUGUAGAGCAGAAUUGGGAAAGAGUUAUUCUAUGAAUGUGAAUGAGAAAUUAGCUCAAACUCUGCUGUAUUUAUUUCCAGGAUAUAACUUAGAUCGUUAAUUGUCAAUUUUCAAUAACUCUGCCCAUGUAAAUAAUAAUUGAUCACGGUACAAAACAUAAUCACUCUUUCAGAACAGGCUGUAUAUUAAGAUGCAUUCGGUGUGUUUAUAUUCACAUUAAUUUAUUUUAAUUACAUAUUAACGUUAUAAUACACCAAAAAGCGUUAUUUUUGUAUUUAUUUAUAUUUUGUGUAUUUAAUUUUAUUAUAGUAACACAUUGAAAUUUAUUUUAUAUCAACUUAUAUUUUUGAUUAAGACUAUUAAAUGUUAAUGAAUAAUUAUUUUUUUGUCUAAUGCCUACAUUUAAUGUUAAAUUAAGUUAAAUGUAUUAAUAAAUAAAGAUAAUAUUUGCUAUUUAGUA